UAUAAUUAAUUAGCCAAACUCACAAUAUUCCAUGCACCCAUAUACACGUCCUAUUUACCAACAAAUUCUUUCCUCUUGUUGGAACUUUGAAGAUUAAAUUGACAUAAAAGAAUUUCACUUUAUGCCUUUUCCCAUCUCACAAACACACACCACUCACAUGCUCAUUUUUUUAAAUUAAAAACUAAUGUUCCUAUGCCACCACUCUUCCACACCAAGCCUAGAAAAUGGAAGCAUUUUCUUCAUCUUCACUUUCUCCUCCAAUCUCUAACCUAUUUUAUCUCCUCUUUUACCUUUGAACCAAACCCUUUUCUCUAAUCAUUUUAUUCAUUCAACAAAUAUUUGUUUUUUCAAUUAAUUCAUUUAUGGGGGCUAGUAUUUCUUCAACUGCAUCCAUAAGAGAAAAAAAUAAUGAAGAGUCUAAUUCUUCAUCAUCAAAAACUGGUCUUGGUGAUAUUCCAGAAAGUUGCAUCUCUUCCAUACUCAUGCAUCUUGAUCCACAUGACAUAUGCAAAUUGGCUAGAGUCAACCGUGCUUUUCAUAGAGCUUCUUCUGCUGAUUUUGUGUGGGAAUCAAAGUUACCAUCAUGCUACAAGUUUCUUGCUAAUAAAUUUCUUGGUGAAGAAAAUCUUUCCACUAUGAGUAAGAAAGAUGUCUACACAAAACUAUGUCAACCUAAUCGCUUUGACGGUGGUACCAAAGAAGUUUUAUUGGAUAAAUACAGUGGACAAGUUUGUUUGUUCAUGUCAUCAAAGUCUUUGAAGAUAACAGGAAUAGAUGAUAGAAGAUAUUGGAUUUACAUUCCAACUGAGGAAUCCAGGUUCAAGAAUGUGGCAUAUCUUCAACAAAUGUGGUGGGUUGAAGUAAUAGGAGAGCUAGAGUUUGUAUUCCCUGUGGGAAGUUACAGCAUAACUUUCAGACUCCAAUUGGGAAAGUCAUCAAAACGAUUGGGCAGACGUGUGUGCAACGAUGAUCAAGUUCAUGGCUGGGACAUCAAGCCCGUUAGAUUCCAACUCUCUACAUCGGACGGUCAGCGUUCGAUCUCAGAGUGUUACUUGCAUGAGCCAGGGCAAUGGGCUUAUUACCAUGUUGGAGAUUUCAUGGUUACAAAGCCCAAUAAGCCCAUAAAAAUCAAGUUUUCUUUGGCUCAAAUUGAUUGUACUCAUACCAAAGGCGGCCUCUGCAUAGAUAGUGCAAUUAUUCGCCCAACUGAGUUUAGAGAAAGACUCAAAAAAUUAUAGCUGGCUAUUAUAAUGUACUUAUAUUAGAGAGGGAAAAAAAGAACAAUUUCUUUUAAACAGAUAACAUAAUAUUUGUGUUUGUGGUAACUGAAAAUUACUCAAGUUAGCCCUUUAUUUUAGGUGGGUUUGAGUGUUCUUUUGUAACUUGUAUGCAGUUUACUUUUAUGAAAUAUAUAUCCAGUUGUUAUACAA